UUUGUUUUCACUGGAGUCUGGUAGUGGGGGCGGGAGGCCGGAAAAAUGCCUUUUUGUGGGGCCUGAGAACAUUCAAGGCUUGGCACAAGGGCCCAGAAAUUAAAUCAUCUAAAACACCAAGUGUUUGUGGUCGGCAUAAGUCACAUGGGCAAAGGCCAACAGCCAUGGUGGAAACGAGCAGAUAGUCAACACAGGGCCGUCUUUUUUAGCUACUUUAACCAGUUUCUGGAGAAACAAAAAACAGCUACAAAAAGCAAGAGCCGUGCUGCAUCUUUGAGCGGCCGAGUGGAGAGAGUGAUGCUGAGUGAAGUGAGGCAAUGAUGUGGACCAGGCUCUCCCAGGAGCUUAACGCACCACAUCUGAAGGCUCUUAAUAUAAUUGAACUCUGUCAGAACGGAGGCACCGUUUAGGGCCAGAAUCUGGCUGUAAUCAGCCCGUUUGUGGGGGAAUGUGAAAACUGUGUCAGUUAAAAAGUACUUACUAGAAUCAGUAACAGUAUUUGAAGAGUCAGAAGUAAAAUAGGAAUUUAUUUUGAUUAAACGUCUGGAGUUUGAUGUUUUUUAAAGAUAGUAAAUGAAGAUCAUAUAAAAGUUAAGUUAAAAAAACUUUAAAAAUUAUCCCAGAGGUUAUCUAGAGAUUAUUUCCCGAUUAAACAUAAAUAAAGUUCAUUAUUCCCCCAUAUCAGUAUGGAAAUAUUGAUGGCAACACUUGAAGUUCAUGUCUCCUGAUUCUUUCAAGAUUACUAAAGAGUCGAUUUAAGUUUUAAUAAGCUAAGUGUACUAGCUUUGUAGAAAUCACAUUAUAAUGUUUGAGUUUGUUCUUUAUUUAAAGUAUAAAAAGAAAUAAGUGUAGUGAAUUUUGUUUCCCCUUUGAAAGUCUAGAAAACCAAGUUGAUAUAGUACAAAGAAGUGCCACCAACUAUCUGUGUAUUUGUUUUUCAUCUGCAUCGUGAGUGGAAGAUUUAAUGAAUGAUGAACUACCCUAAAAAGUUUCAGUGACCAUUAGAAGAAUAACAAGAGGUUGAAACUAUUUUUUUUUUUCUUUACAGAAUUGUCACUGAGGUUGCUGUUGGUGUGAAGAGAGGAUCUGACGAACUACUCUCGGGUAGUGUUCUCAGUAGUCCAAACUCUAAUAUGAGCAGCAUGGUGGUUACAGCCAAUGGUAAUGAUAGUAAAAAAUUUAAAGGAGAAGAUAAAAUGGAUGGUGCUCCUUCUCGUGUACUUCAUAUUCGAAAAUUACCUGGCGAAGUGACAGAAACUGAAGUUAUUGCUUUAGGCUUACCUUUUGGAAAGGUGACCAACAUCCUUAUGCUGAAAGGAAAAAAUCAGGCAUUUUUGGAACUAGCAACAGAAGAAGCAGCUAUUACUAUGGUUAAUUACUAUUCCGCUGUGACACCUCAUCUUCGUAACCAACCGAUUUAUAUCCAGUACUCCAAUCACAAAGAACUAAAAACAGAUAAUACAUUAAACCAACGUGCUCAAGCAGUCCUUCAAGCUGUGACAGCUGUCCAGACAGCAAAUACUCCUCUUAGUGGCACCACAGUUAGUGAGAGUGCAGUGACUCCAGCCCAGAGUCCAGUGCUUAGAAUAAUUAUUGACAAUAUGUACUACCCUGUGACACUUGAUGUUCUUCACCAAAUAUUCUCUAAAUUUGGUGCUGUAUUGAAGAUAAUCACCUUUACAAAAAAUAACCAGUUUCAAGCUCUCCUCCAGUAUGGUGAUCCAGUAAAUGCUCAACAAGCAAAACUUGCCCUAGAUGGUCAGAAUAUUUAUAAUGCUUGCUGUACCCUAAGGAUUGAUUUUUCCAAACUUGUGAAUUUGAAUGUAAAAUACAACAACGAUAAAAGUAGGGAUUAUACUCGACCUGACCUUCCAUCUGGGGAUGGACAGCCUGCAUUGGACCCAGCUAUUGCUGCAGCAUUUGCCAAGGAGACAUCCCUCUUAGGGCUUCCUGUUGCAGCUGUUCCAGGAGCUCUGAGUCCUUUGGCUAUUCCAAAUGCGGCUGCGGCUGCGGCUGCGGCUGCUGCUGGCCGAGUGGGUAUGCCUGGAGUCUCAGCUGGUGGCAAUACAGUCCUGUUGGUUAGCAAUUUAAAUGAGGAGAUGGUUACGCCCCAAAGUCUGUUUACCCUCUUCGGUGUUUAUGGAGAUGUGCAGCGUGUGAAGAUUUUGUACAAUAAGAAAGACAGUGCUCUGAUCCAGAUGGCUGAUGGAAACCAGUCACAACUUGCUAUGAACCAUCUUAAUGGACAGAAAAUGUAUGGAAAAAUUAUUCGUGUUACUCUAUCCAAACAUCAGACUGUACAACUACCUCGAGAGGGACUUGAUGAUCAAGGGCUCACAAAAGAUUUUGGUAAUUCCCCCCUGCAUCGUUUUAAGAAACCCGGAUCCAAAAAUUUUCAGAACAUUUUUCCUCCUUCUGCAACCCUUCACCUGUCCAAUAUCCCUCCUUCAGUAGCAGAAGAGGAUCUACGAACACUGUUUGCUAACACUGGGGGCACUGUGAAAGCAUUUAAGUUUUUUCAAAGAGAUCACAAAAUGGCUCUUCUUCAGAUGGCGACAGUGGAAGAAGCUAUCCAGGCCUUGAUUGAUCUUCAUAAUUAUAACCUUGGUGAAAACCAUCAUCUGAGAGUGUCUUUCUCCAAGUCAACAAUUUAAAAAAAAGGAGAUAAAGAUUAGAGGUGAAUCACAUUGUUUGGUGUCAUCACCUAUUGACUGUUCAGAAUAGUCGGGACCAGAGUUUGAUUUUUUUCUUGUUUCCUUUUUUUUUUUUUUUUGUUUUCAUGCUGUUAUCAUUCCUUCGUUCUAAAAUGAAAUGGCAUAUGUAAAGGCAGAGUUAUUAACUGCUGUUAUUUCAUCUGUUCUAUAGGGAAGCCAUUUUUAUUGUCCGUUUAAAAUUUCAGUUUAAUUUUACUUUCCUUUUUCAACUUAGUUGACAUACGUGCCUUAAAAGGAAAACUAGUGUUGCUAUUGUGCAUUUACUAGAAAAAAGGAAUUGGUUGUCUAGGGCACAUUGUUCUAUGGGAAUUACAAUAUGUUUAGGCAGGGGUGUGUAAAAAGGUUAAGUUUUUGUUUCUCCUGCUUGGAACUUAUUUUGAAUUAUUGGCUUAUCACAUUUAUUUCUGUUUAAUCAAAUAAGAUACAGGAUAUUUAAAGAAUAAAGCAGCAUUUUUUUAGUUUUUACUAUCUUAGGCUUUGCUUUAAAAAAACAUUGGCCUUUUGUAUCUCACAAUUCUGGUCUAGAUUCAGUUAUGAAUGUAGGCAUUAGUUAAAAUUAACAAGAUGCAGAGUAUUAAUUUCUCAAGACAACAAAGUGAUUUCUGUAAGUUUGAGCCCUAUGUGGAAAGCAUUGUGGAAUCUUAACCUUUUUGUACACACUCUUGUGGGACGUAUCAUAUAAAUGUCAGCACUAAGUAAUGUCUUGUUUGUGGCUGAAUAUUUUUCGUAGAUGUUUUUGAAGUUGACUUGACUUAUGUGCAUUUAAAUAUAUAUUGCCAUCCUUAGUUUGUAAUUAAGAUUUGGAAUAUGGUUGUGGAUUUCUGAGCAUGUGAAGACUGGUCUAGCUAGUUCAGGAACUGGUGCAUGUAUUUUUCAAAGAUAAAGAAAGUGUACUGCAAAAAUUUGCAGGAAGAUUAAUUUUGUGGCAGUUUUCUAAAACUGACAACCAGGUGGGACCAAAGUUUAUGUGCCUUUAGUCUUAAUUUACCUUGCAUUGUAAUAUUCAGUUUUAAUAAAUCUUCAAAAUAUUUUGUAUUUAGGAAUAGAUCUGACUUUAAUAAAAACAUGGCUCAGAAUCUACAGGUCAAAUUAAUUUGAACAGUUCUUGUCAAUCUGAAUUGUUGAUUCUGUUUAAAUGACCAAUACUUUUUUGAAAUUGAUGUACUUAGUUUCAAGAUUCAUAGAUUCUGUUAUCUAUGUAGACAGAAUGGUCAUGUAUAUUUUCUAUUAGUUGAGUUUUUACAUCUUUAGAAAUGUAAAAUUCAGUAUAGUUUGAAAGCGGCACAAUUAAAAAUUAAUUUUCUAACAAAGUUGGGAGGUUUGAUGGUUGUUUAAUUUCCUUUUGUGUGUACUCUGCUUACCUCUGUAGCAUGCUCAAUAAACACUUCUGUAGCUCUGUAUUCACCUUCUGUCUUUCUCUGCUGCCUUUUCUCUCUCCUCUUUGUUUUCACUCCACUGUGCUUCUGAAUUCAUGUUUAUUCUCUGCCAGGGUGGGAAAGGAGUAAUAAUAUUAUAAUUCCAUGGCUUUAUUCCAUAAAUAAACCGAGAUGCUGUGAAAAUA